AGGUCUUAUUGGCUACUGUAUCUGUCGCUCAGCGCAUUCAUGCGCAGUGCUGAAGGGAGGAGUAAACAGCAGUGAGUCACAGCUAACAGGCUAGUGUUCUGUUAUAGAGAAUGGACAUGAGUACCAGCGAGUGCUUUGGAUGCGGCCGCUCCGGACACUGGAUCAAGAACUGUCCCAACGCGGGCCGGGGCCGUGGCCGGGGUCGGGGCCGAGGAAAGGUAGAUCUGUUCUGUUACCGGUGUGGAGAGCAGGGUCACAUCGCCAGGGAUUGUGAGCAGACCGAGGAUGCAUGCUACAACUGCCACAGGAGUGGGCAUAUUUCCAGAGACUGUAAAGAGCCCAAAAAGGAGCGGGAGCAGUGCUGCUAUAACUGCGGGAAAGCCGGUCACGUGGCCCGCGACUGUGACCACGCCAACGAGCAGAAGUGCUACUCCUGCGGGGGCUUCGGACACAUCCAGAAGCUGUGUGACAAGGUCAAGUGUUACCGGUGUGGCGAGAUCGGGCACGUGGCGGUGCAGUGCAGCAAGGCCACGGAGGUGAACUGCUACAACUGUGGGAAGACCGGUCACCUGGCCCGAGAGUGCACCAUCGAAGCGUCCGCGUAACUCCUCCUCGACGCCCCUCCUUUCCUGAUUGAUGGUUGUUUCUCUUCUCUAAAUCCUCUUCAUUGGCCAACGCCUGGCAAACAGAGGCCUCUCCAGGCCCGUGAGCAGCUUUGAGUUGUGUUUUUCCUUUGUUAUAAAGAAGAGGGGUAAAAAAAAAUCAUAUUGCGUUUAAAUGAGAUGUUUAUUUAGGUAGGUAGAGGUGCACCGCAUGACGCUUGGUUAAAGAGCCCUUUCCAUGCGCUGGUGAGCGGAUCCGCGACCGGACGUCGUGCGCACGGGACCUCUGGGAUCACGCAGAUGAAGCUUAGAUGAAAUAAGAGAAGUCAGGUGAAGGCUCAACUCGGCCGUUUUGUUUUAUUUUUGGUGGUUAUAUGGAGAAAAGUGUAAGCUGGCUUAAGAGGACAGACAAACCAUGUUCAUCGAUCGCAGGAGCUCCAUUACGGCUAGUGUCUCGACUAUGAAAGGUUAUAUUGGUAUUUUGGAUUAAUUUGAAUAUCAGAAGUCAUUUUUUUUUUUUUUUUUUUUGCAUUUUUUUUGCAUUUUUAUUUUGUUUGACGUUUUUCUAAAGUCAUGUUUGCAGGUUCAUCAAACGAUGCUUGUUAAUGCUGGAAGUUAUAGAGUAAUUUUAGUCCUUUCUACCUUUAAAUUAUCCGGAACAAUAAAGAGACACGUGGAAUUAGCAACAAUUUGCAAAAAGAAUGUUUUCACAGAAAUCAGAUAUUUUUGUACAAUAUCACUUGGACUACUGUAAGAAUAUCAGUGCUUGUACUCAGUUUUUAAGUCGGAGGAAAUUGCAACUUAAGUCCUAGAGCAUAGAUGUGUAAUUUUAAACUGUCAAUAAAGCUGGAGGAGGAUGGGGA